AUGAAUCGAGAUGAUACAGGAGGAAGCGGUUCUGCUGCUACCGGGUCCAUGCGCCGCCUAGCGCAUGAGCGCAAGGCAGCUGAGCAGCUCGAUGAUGAGCACGUGCUAGAUCUUCGACCCAUAAAUGACGAUGACUUGCGGUCUUGGCGCGCUAUAUUGCAUGCACCGGUUGAUGGCAUGUACAAAGGCGGAUACUUUGAAGUGCAUAUCCAAGUGCCGGAGACUUAUCCAAUGAAGCCUCCGACAAUGCACUUUCGCACACGGAUUUUUCAUCCCAAUGUACACUGGAAGACAGGGGAAAUCUGUCUGGACGUGCUCAAGACGCAGUGGUCUCCUGCAUGGUCACUUCAUAGCGCAUGCACGGCCGUUGUAGCGCUGCUGGACAGCCCUGAGGCCGACAGCCCGCUAAACGUCGAUGCUGCGAACCUAUUGCGCACAGGCGACCAUAUCGCGUAUCGCUCAAUGUGUGCGAUGUACACUCGGUUGUAUGCGGGAACCACAGGUCCAUAG